AUGGGUGCGAAUGCCAGCACCAGCGCUUGCUGUGAAGAGCAGGUGGGCACGUUGCCCGUGGAAGUCGUCGGCGCUGCGCAGUACGACGAGAAUUGCUUUCCAGAGACACCGUCACCGCGUUCAUCCAUCGUUGACUCUAUCGAGUCAGGUUUAGAGUUGGUACUUCCUGAUGAGAUUCUUCCUGCCCGAGUGUCGGUGAGGAGCUCGUCGAGCUCAGAGUUGUUGACAUUGUCCGUGUCCCCGCAGUUCAGCUCGGACUUGCCAAUGGUCCAACGCGCCAUCAGCUUCAAGGUGGAGAGGGAAAUCGUGCGGGGGAUCCCGCUGGUCGCCACCCUCCGAAACUUCGGCACACUCUGGCAAGCCUCACCUCUAGACCUGGACUUGGAGUCUCAGACGAAGCUAUGGAGCAUGUCGCAGCCCGUCGACAAGUUCGAUGUGUUUUUUUCGCAUACAUGGAGGACACGAGGCAGCAGGAAGGUGCUCUCACUGUUGCUCCAGCAUGGUUGGCGAACCUUGCUGAUACACAGCUUUGGCUGUGCGGCAGCGAUAUCCAUCCUGAGUGCUGUUGGUAUGCUUCCAACAACACCCUUGACCUGGCCUGUGAAUGUCAUGGGCUUCAAGGCUAUGUGUCCUUUCUCUCCAUGGACUUACUUGGCCGGCACCGUGACAUUGCAGAUUUCUUUUUGCAUACUUCCGUACUGCAGCUGCGCCUUUCGUUCGCCGAAAUGUUUUCUCGAUGUGGUCAGCAUUCAUCAGACAGACAAGAGAAUGAAGCAGCGAGGGGUUUACGGGCUAGGAGGCUUCCUGAGUAUCUCGAAGGAGAUGCAUGUUCUAUGGUCGCCGCCGUACCUGACCCGUCUGUGGUGCGUUUUCGAGUUGGCCGCAUUUCGCAAGGCAAACCCGCACAAGCCUUUGAAGCUGAAGCCGCUGUUCGUCGAGAGCCAGAUCCUUCUUCUCACGCUGGCUAGCGGCCUUUGCAGCGGGGUAUAUGUCGCGGUUAGAACAGGCCACGGCAUUGUGGCUCUUGCGAAUGUUUGCGUUUUGCCCGUCGGGCUCUUCUUUAUACAUGUGCAUCGAAGGUUCGUGAGAGAGGAGCAAGAACUCACGGAAUCCCUGGAGAGUUUCGACCUGCAAAACGAAGCCUUCACGGAGUACGUGCGUGGCCCGUUGAGGAAGGAGCUCGUGGCAGCUUCUGGAGUGGGCCUUCCGUUGAGCUACGUGCUGCUCAUAGUUAUCAGCCCAUUUUGCAUGGCUGUUGACGUCUGCGUAGCCAUGAUCCGUGCUGGGGCACCCGUCGAGAUUGUGAUGGCUGAGUUCACCAGCUUAGGGCUUGGCAUAACGAUGUUUUGGCUCAUGUUCUGCGUGAAAGUCAUGUGGAACCUCUGCAGCCGAUGGGCUUCUCGCGGAUCAACAUGGGUCUACGAUUGCCUUGUGAGCAUGGCCAUCUUCUUCGUGUUUAUGAUUUUCUUUGCUGGUGGCAGCCUUCUGGUCAACCGCCUUCUGCCAAUAUCGGCAGCAGGUGCCGUAGCUGCUGGCAUUGCUGCAAUUGUCGUCACCAUUCUGGCUUAUAGUAUAGCACUUAGCCCAGAUGUCGUAUUGUAUGUCUGCAAAGAUGUCUUGAGGGCUCAGUACAAGAUCUGGUUGCUAAGCAUGGGAACUUGUGAGCAGGCACUGCGGUUAAUGAUCCCUCAAAGCAUUCACGUUGAUUUGAAGCAGCAGGAGAUCAGCAGUGACAUCGCCGGACGGCUCCUGGGUGACUGGCGUCAUCUCGAAGAGGCUUUGCACGCAUUGUCGGCCUUGGCCAAAGAGCUUCUGGCCGCCAGUCUCUUCUCCCAGCAGCUUUUAGAGCUGCAUGGUCUUCUUCUGGGCGAGCGCAGCCCGCUUCUGCAGUCUGGUGCCCACCGGCAGCUGAUCUCCAUGUUCUUGCAAUGUGCCGGGGUGUUUGGGCCGCUGUGCGUUCAAGACGCAGCUCUGGGGGAUAGGCUUUUUACCAUGGCUCGUGCUUCGCUAAAUAUCGCGGAGGAGGUGGCCGCAGGGCCGGAUGCCGCCUUUCCUUUUCGAGCGAAGCAAGAUCACAAUGGGGCUGUCACGCUGAUGAAGCUUUGUCAGCUUGGCUGCCCCACUCUUACGCGCAAGGAGUGUGCGGAGGCGGUCCGCGCUGACUUGCAGCAGCAGUUGAAGCUGGCCUUGGUAUCUGCCCAGCCUAACCUCUCUCCCAGCUCGACGCUGGUGCUGGCCCAGGCCGCCGCUGCGGCCACAAAGGCUUUCCCUGAUGUGGCGAGCUGCUGCAUCCGAGAUUGCCUCGACGCAGCACUCGGUGACCCCCCGCGAAGCUCCCUCGCGCUGCGCGCCGCCGCCGAGCUGGCGGCAGUUGCGGAGGCCUCCGCCGUAGCUUCUGCGAUGGAAGGUGCCUGGACUCUCCUGACACAGGCUACUUUAGACCCGGCGGCUCUUGCCUUGUUUCUGGCCAAAGCGGCCCGGUCUCUCCCUGGUCAGGUUCUGAUCGCUGGCUUGGGCUCGUAG